CCCCGCCCCUCCCAGUACGCAGCACUGGCAAAGCUGCCCCUCCCGGGUUCCCGAUCGGAGAGCGCCCAGCUCCAGCCAUUCCUGCGGGCCAUUGUCCCCAGCCCAGGCUCGAUCCAUCGGGCUCCGCUUCUCUCUCGCUGCUGACAAGGCCAGGGAGCUGAGCAUUAAGCGGGGCGGAGGGGGCGGGGGGGCUGGAGCUGAGGCGGUGGAGGCAGGCGUCGGCAGCGUCACUGGGGGCAUGGAGGAGCAGCUAGCCUUGGAACAUGACUGUCUGCUUCCUACGGAGAGACAGUUCCAUGAGGCAGCUCGACAGAACAACAUUGGAAGGAUGAAAGAAUUGAUUGGAAUGGGGGUCAAUAUCAGAGCCAAAAACAACGUGGGCAGGACGGCCCUGCACUGGGCUGCCGGGGCUGGGCAUGAGCAAGCCGUGAGACUGCUCCUGGAGUCUGAAGUGUCUGUGGAUGACAAGGACAUGUUUGGGAUGAACGCACUGCUUCUCUCUGCCUGGUUUGGCCACCUAAGGAUCCUACAGCUGCUAGUCAACUCAGGGGCCAAGAUCAACUGUGAGGACAAGAAUGGUCUGAAUAUACUGCACUGUGCAGCUCAAAGGGGCCAUGUACAUGUGCUGGAGUUUGUAAUGGAAGAUUUAGAGGAUGUGUGCCUUGAUCGAAUUGAUAAGCUGGAUCGGACAGCUUUCCAUUUGGCGGCCGAGCACGGGCAGCUUGACACUCUGGACUUCUUGAUUGGCUCUGGCUGCAACCAUUGCAUGAAGGACAAGGUGGGGAACACAGCCCUCCAUCUGGCAGCGAAGAAUGGCCACUGUUCUGUGCUCCAGAGGAUCAUAGAGAUUGGACUGGACCUAGAGGAGAAGAAUGCAGAAGGCUUGACUGCACUGCAUAUGGCAACCGAGGGAGGCCACUUGAACUGUGUGCAGCUCCUGAUUCAGGCUGGCAGUGAGGUCAACACCCAGACCCAGAAACAAAUGAAUUGCCUUCACUAUGCUGCCCUUCACGGCUUUGAUGACAUCGCUCAAGCUCUCAUUGAUGCCGGGAUCAGUAUAGAUGCUGCAAAUCAUCAAAAUGCAUCUCCCAUCCACAUCGCAGUGCUGAACAACUUCCCUUCUGUAGUCAGACUCCUCAUUGAGGCGGACAUCGAUCUUGACGUCAUCGACAAUAGGCAACAGACGCCCCUCCACAUUGCUGCUGAGAAUUCGAGACAAGACAUAGCAGAAAUGAUCCUCCUUGCAGGGGUGAACUUAAACUUAACAGAUAAGCAAGGAAAAACAUCACUGGAUGUUGCUGCCCGUGGCAACCACAUUAGCUUGGCAGAUAUGAUCAUAAAAGCAGAUCGAUUUUACAAAUGGGAACAGGACAACCUCAGAACUGACUCUGACUCUUGGGCUGUGAAACCUUUAACCUUUAAGCAGGACCAUGGGGUGGAAACCCAGCACAUCCGCUCAGUAAUGUGGCGCUUGGCCACCAAAUACCUCAAGCACAACGACUGGAAGAAGCUGGCGCAUUACUGGAAGUUUACUGAUGCACACAUUCGUGCUAUUGAACAGCAAUGGGCAGGCACCAAGAGCUAUCGGGAACACGGUCACCGAAUGUUGCUCAUUUGGCUCCACGGUGUAAUCAUGGCAGCUGAAAACCCCAACAAAGGACUCUAUGAAGGGCUCGUGGGAAUUGGCAGAAGAGACCUCGCUGAAAGCAUCAGAAAGAAAGCAAAUGCAGACUCCAGCUCCUCCAAGAAGUGUACAAUGAUGUGACCUGAGCCAGAGUGGGCUGGGUGGAGCAGCCCUCCAGAAGGUGGCUACCAUUUUGGGAACUCUUUGCCGCCAUUUCUCAUUGAACCCAGAACCUUGAGACCAGCAGCAGGGAAGUCCCAUGCUAGUAGUCCCUUUCCUAAGGGUCUAUGCAAUAAUUUGUUCUAGGUCUCCUUGGAAGCCAGUCACAGCUGCACAAACAGCUGGACACACUGGGCUUUAGGAUCACACAAAAUUGUUCACUUUGGUUCAAAAUUGUUCACUGCUGUCUGCUUACCCCACAGCUAUUACUAUUUAAAAGCUGGUUUGUUUAUUUUAUAAAGUUUGGAAAGGAGUACAUUCCUUGUUAAUUGCAACUUAAGCGUAAUGCUUUCCUGAGUUUUGCUAAAAGACGACUGGCCAGGACAGUUUGCUAUAAAUUCUCAAGUGUCACAGAUAAUAAGGCUAGAAAAAAAAAUCACAAAUGCCAUUUUGAAUCUACCAGCUCCAACAGUUUUUUUUUUUUUUUUUUGGAGGGGCAAUGAGGGUUAAGUGACUUGCCCAGGGUCACACAGCUAGUAACUGUCAAGUGUCUGAGGCUGGAUUCAAACUCAGGUACUCCUGAAUCCAAAGCCAGUGCUUUAUCCACUGUGCCACCUAGCUGCCCCUGGCUCCAACAUUUUAAGAAAAUCAGAGCUGCACAAUGUAAGAAUUUAGAAAUGGGGUCUUAAAAUUAAAUAUGUCCAAUUUUUGCUUUUUUGCAUAAUAGCUCCACAGAGGGAGAUUAAGGGGAUUACUUUUUAGGAAAGUAAAUACAUUGGCAACUAGUUAACCUUUUUUCUACUUGCAGAGUUGCCCAUUAAGGCAAAGGUCCAGAGAAGGGGAAAAAAAAAUCAGGGCUUGAAAGAAUCUUCAAGGAAUAAUCUAGUUCAAACUCUCCAUUCCCUUUUUAUAAACAUAUGAAGAAAAGGAUCCUAUGGCUAGUUAGCAGAGCUGGGACCCUCCAAGUCACCUGUAGUUGUGAGAAAAGUAUGUUCCCUCAUAUGUGGCACUCCCCCCAAUACAAAAAGACCCCUGGAUGAAACAGGGAGGGGCUGAAGGCAAGCAUGUGGUUCUGCCUUGAGUACUGGCCAUGUAACCACAUUCAGACACAGAGCUCUCUGGGCUAUGUGCAUUAUUAGACAGCACCUAGAAUCAUAGGGGAUUCCGAUAUCCUAGUAAGAUGAAUUUUACAAAUCAAGUUUUCUAACUUUUUAAAA